AUGUCACAAAAUCCAAUAAUUCCUAAAUUACAAGAACCCAUGCCGCAAUAUAUAUCGGGUCUCAUUCCUGUGAUCGUAAUAUUGGGGACAUCCCCAUUUAAAGAUUUGAUAGAUAAACUGAUUUGGGUAUUUAGGUGCCUUGGCUCUCCUUUCACAGGUCUGUUUUACUACCUGGUCAUAGGAGCUGACCGAGUGGAAAUGUGUAUAUAUUGGCUCCCUGAAGAAUAUUUUGUUACAACAGAAGGAAAUAAUCUUGACUUUCAUCCAGUCGGUCUUCAUGCUAAAAAUAUGCUGAUUACUUUGGAGCAAAAGAAAAUUAUGAAACAAUGCACAGCAAACGCUUCAGUGAUGGACCGAUUAUCAUCAUUGGCGUCUGCAUAUUAUAUUAUUGUUGGAAUAAUUUCAGGAAUUUACAGUGCGACGGGACCAUGUACUCCUGAAGAUUGGCCCUCUUUAACUUUGUCAUUUCUUUGGACUGUUCCAGUGAUUGUUAAAAGAACAUUUAGAAGAGAAAUUGUUGUCAAGGAUCCUAAAAUAAAGUUAGAGAAGUUAAAGGUUCACUUAAUAAGAGUGUUAGAAGAAAAUGAAGACAUAGAGGCUAUUAAAAAUGAAUUCGUUGAACGGGGUGAAAAAACCACAGAAAAAAAAGUCGACAAACGUUACAAAAAGUUAAUGUUUAUAAUUACUACAUUAUUCUCGGUAGUAUUUCCAUGGGUAUCAGUGGUCAUGGCUUUUUUCACACCACCAAUUGGGUUCUUUUGUAGAUCCAAAUUUCUUGCAGGAUUAUGCACUUUGUGGACGUUUAAUAGUCUUUUAGAAUGCAUUUACCACAUUAAUUUUGGAUAUGGCUUUUUAAAAGGAAAAAAAACGAAAAAAAUUAUUCACGUUUAUUUUGUUUCAUCUGGUAUUGCAGUAACAUUACUUUUGAUUCUGCUGAUUGUGCUUAUCAAUGAAUCACCAUUGUGGGUUAAGAUGUUUGGAGACGAGUGUAUAACAACUUCCUGCAUUUCUGGAGAUUAG